UUCUGUUAGAGGCAUCAAUGGUGAACCUAGUGCGUGCUAGUGCCCGUGCAGUGGGCCCUAUGCGCCCGAACACUAAGCGUGAUAUCAGACGGCUCGGCAGUUAUCCUGUUCCCCCUGAGUCGAAGAACUUCUGGCGAGGACGCUUCCAGGUGCCAGGUGGACAGAUCCAGCAAGGCGUUUCUCCGAUGCAACAGAAAAUCUUCUUCCAGUGGUGGUGGAAUCUGCCUACCCGAUACUUCUGGCGUUUCACCAAGUGGUCCGAUUUCCUGAUACCUUCCCUUAUGUGGUAUACGGGCUUUUUAAUGUGCAAGAACGAUGUUGAGGAAGGAACUCGAUCGAGGUACUGGUAUUAACUUUUACCCUCACUUCGAGUUCCCUCACUGCGAGACGGGACGACGUGUCAGCAAAUCGUCUGACGGCUUUAUCAUGAUGGCCGUCUUUCGUCACAAUACCAUUAUUUUCCUGAUAACAUGUUAGUGGAUAUGGUCGGAGAUUAGUGAGAGUAGUUUUGACGGCAUAUGAACGGUUAUCCGCGCUGAA